AAUCACACGAAAGGGGAAAUAUAAAUUAAAUUAAUCGAAGCUGUGUUCCUAGUAUUCGUCGAUUGUUAUCGGCGCAGACGAGAUUCACUCGCGAUAAGAUACCGAAAUCGCGGUAUUAUCGUAGAUUUAGAUUUAAGAAUUCACUUCAUGUACCUGUCAGAUUUUAGUCGUGUGAUAACCGUGGCAUUUGUCGGUGAGUAGGUCGAACGAUGUCUGAAAUCAAUCCAGUACCGAUAAUGGCGAUGGAGCCUACUUCGAUGGUAUCGUCGGAAGUUCAUCAACCGGAUUGGGAUGCACCGGAUGCUACCAGUGGAUCGUUUGAUCUUAACCAUGACAGUGGAUUCAUUCCAUCGGCUACGGGAUCGUUUGUGCUGACCGAAGAUGUACCGAUCGUUUGCACCGAAAAUGCCAAUGGAUCUUUCGUGCUGAAGGAGGAGGUUCCGAUCAUAACGGACACCGGAAACGAUGGAUCAUUCGUGCUGAAGGAGCAGGUUCCCAUUGUCGAUACGAACUAUACUGUACUGCCUGCUUACGUUGAAGAGUGUGUAGCUAGUAUUGCCCCUGAGCAAGGAUUUACUCCCGGCGAGUUUUCGAUCGUGUUGGACAGAAACUCCGACUGCGAAGGAUUGAUUGGCGAGAUUCACAAAGCUACUGUGCUGGAAGGGGAACGGGAGAUGCAUCUUCUCUGCAAGGUGCCUCCUUUGGAUCCAGUUCGAAAAUUGCAGUUCAAUUCGGUCAAUCUGUUCGUCAGGGAGAUUGAUGUGUAUGCUAACCUGCUGCCUACUAUGUUCGAGUUCCAGCGACAGAAGGGAGUGACUGAUGAGUUGGAAACUGGCUUCUUUAACGUACCCAGAUGUUUCCUAACGCACUUCGACGCGGCUAGAGACGAAGCGUUAAUUUUGAUGGAGGACUUGCGCGUUCGAGGGUUCGCUAUGUGGAACAAGAUGGAACCGAUCAAUUAUGAACAUGCUCGGCUUCUGAUGAUACAACUGGGACGAUUCCACGCACUGUCUUUGGCGAUGAAAGAUCAACGACCAGAUUUGUUCGUGGCCUGCAAGGUAUCGGAUGAAAUGCUGCCGGCAAUGCGAGAAAACGAACAGUUGAUGGGCAUGUUUGCGGCUGCUUUGGAUGCGGCAAUUUCUAUUCUGGAUCCUGCAGAUGAAAAGGCUUCUUGGAAGAUGAAUGGACUGAGAAACGACUUCUUUGGCGUUCUUCAGAAUUGUAUGGAUACGGAACGGGCGGAACCGUAUGCGGUACUGAAUCAUGGCGAUUGCUGGGUCAAUAACCUACUCUUCAGGUACAAGGAUGGUGCACCACGAGAGGUGGUCCUUGUAGACUGGCAGUUGGCUCGUUAUGGAUCACCGGCACUGGAUUUGCUAUACUUUUUGUUCUGCUGUACCGACGCAAGCUUCCGCGAGAAACACUACGACGAGAUGAUACGGAUUUACUACACGGCGCUGAAGGAUCUGCUGGAGGAACUGGGAAGUGAAGCGGUGGAUGUAUUUCCGCUUACGGCUCUACUGAGGCAGUUAAAAACGUUUGGAAAGUUCGCAAUCAUAAUGACGGCUGUGGAUGUUCCGAUUCUUUGCACGGAUCCAACGGAUGUUCACAACCAUGGCGAUGCAGCGGCUGCUUUCACUGCUUCCGCCGAUGCUCAGCAGCGAUAUGCCGAACGUAUGGGUGGAGUGAUAAGGGAUGCGAUAAAGUAUGGAUAUUUGUAGAUUAUGAUAAAUAUAGACAAACGAUACUGGACGGGAGGAGUAUAGUUUCCUUGUGUUAUCUAAUCGCUACGUACGGGGAUUUCGGUAUUAAUAUUUUGCGAUUAAUCGUAAUAAACAUUCGAAGAGACUAUAUUGCAUAACGCAUUGUUGAGCAAAGGUUAGUAUUCAGACUAAAUGUUCUGAAGAUGUUUAAUAAA